AUGUAUUAUGAAGAAGACAUGAUCGAUUGGGGAGAUGGAUGGGAGGAUGAUGAAGAUGGAGAGAGAAUUCCCGUUUUGGCGCUGGACGGAACGAAAUCGGCUUCUUUGCACAAAAAGUGUGAAGAGGAGGCUUUAAACGCGCAUACAUCAGGCAACGAAUCACAAGCAGAAAGCUCUUGUGAUACUUUGACAAGUGCAAAUGAGCAGGAUGAUGACCAUACUGGAAAUGAUGAACAAAGCGAUCCGACUUCCUUUGAUGCUGUCGUGGAGGAAACAUGUAAGAACUCUUCACCAAAACAAGAACCUUCUUGGAGCGAUCCUAUUGAGUCUGAUUUGGUCGCACGAAUGACUUCUGGUCCUCCUCUUCGUCCUCGUAGAGACAAUGACGUAAGGCGACGCGAUAGAUCAAAAAGCCCAAGUCCAAACGCUCAACGUGCUUCCAGAUACAGUAUUCCACUACAGCCAGUCCAUUCACGCAAUCAUGGUCACUACAAUCCGCGAUUCUAUGUAGGUACAGUUCAACAACCUUCAAGUGGCUUCCAGAGCAUGUCAAAUGAGCUCUACUGA